AUGCGUGAUCUAGCACAUCCUCAUAGAGGUGUUUUGAAGGAUCGUCUUGUUAACGUCGAGCAUGUGAUCUUCGAUAUCAUAUCUUCCUACUUUGCUAUAGAGUCACUCAGCUAUCAGAGCCGCAGCCGUGGCGGGGUGUCAUUGAGAGUCGGUUGGAAGGUGAUAAAUGCCGACCGCCCUAGAGGUGUCUCACACGUGUGGUGGAAAGGCACAAUGCCUGCCGUCAUCGUCUUGCACAGAGGGAUACGGCAUACGGAAAACUACCUCGCAGGCUCCAUUUUUAGCAGCCCGAGGAACGCUCAGCUUGUUUCAGAUUUUGAGCUUGAAGCCCAACUUGGCACCAGCACCAGCACCCAUGCGCUGACCGUGAAGUUGCAACUCAAAGAUAAAGUGCCCUCAAUCAAGAGGCAAUACCGCAGGAUUCGAUCUGAAUUUGUAGGCUUUGUUCCCAGUACUGAGCUGCACAGCGAACUCUGGGCCAGGCGUUUUCGCGCUUGUCAGACCAAUCGGUCUGAGAGGGCGAUUGAUAUCACCACAAAGACACCAUGGCAACAGCCAAAACUCGCUACGAACUACUAA